GAUAUGUUAGAUGAAUGCAAUCCAUAUAUCCAAAAUUUUCGUCAAAUAAGGGACCUCAUUCAGAAAAAUGCGACCACCAAAUUUUCAAUACUAAUUCAUAGUGAUCGAACACGAGAUCCCGGUCAGUAUGGUCCUCCCACAGCCUCUGAAGUAGCUAUAAUUAUGGUUGGUGAUGGUCAUAAGGUGGAACCAUCCAGUCAAGACAUCCUUCUUAGGUUGCGCAGUGGAGGUCUACAAAGAAUAUCAGAAUUUUGUCCGUCAUAUGAUCCACUUCAUUAUGUAUUAAUUUGCCGUGGACUUUACA